UGUUAACAAUAAUAUUCACUAAAUAAAAUUAUGAAUCUGAAUUAUUUAAUAGUAGAAACAAUUUUAAAUAUUGAAAAUAAUUACAAAUCCAUCUCUUAAUCGUUAAACAAUUUCCAGAUUGAAAGAUUUAAAAAAUUGAAUAAAAUUAAAUACUUGCAGUACAUGUAACCUUUUGAAUGAAAUGUGUGCUAAGUCUCCGUUUAGUGUCAACAGCAUAUUUUGUCUCACGUCCCGAGAACGAUGUUUGAUGAACCUAAAAAGGGCUAAGGUUCCAAAGUUCGGAAGUACACCAACAGCUACGGCUGCGGUUUUAGUGCCUUUGUGUCGUGUUGCCGAAGUUCCUUCUCUAUUAUAUACAGUAAGGUCUUCAAAUUUACGAACGAACAGCGGUCAAAUAUCUUUUCCGGGUGGAAAAACUGAUAAAAAUGAAACUCCCAUUGAAACAGCACUUAGGGAGACUGAUGAAGAGAUUGGGCUUUCUGCUAAAGAAAUAGACGUCUGGGGCCAUGGUCCUGCAGUACCUGGGCGUAAUAACAAAAUAAUGAUCACCCCAGUAAUUGGUACUAUAUUCAAUUUUAAACCAGAAUCAUUGAAUAUCAAUGUGAAAGAAGUAGCAGAAGUUUUUACAGUCCCAAUUGAGAUGUUAUGUGACACAAAGAACCAACAUUAUACACAAUUCAAAAAUGGUUUCAUAUUACCAGUAUUCUUGGCAGGAGGCUACAAAAUAUGGGGUAUUACUGCUUACUUGACUCACAUGUUUUUAAGUUCAUUAAUGACCAAAGAUGUUUACAGAAAUGAGUGGAUGAAAAAAAAGAUUAAAUUAUAAAUGGUAGCAUUCUAUAAUAUAUAUGUAUUCAUAUAAAUAAUGCUGUUUAAUUUUGUCUAAAAUCUUUAUUAUUCCAAAAGCUACAGUAUGUGUAUAAAGUCAUAGCAAAAUGCUCAACACUACUUAAGGCACAUUAAGCUUUUUUUGACAAAAUUUGGCAAUUGAUCACAAAAAUAAAGAAAACACUGCAAAAAUCCAAAGAAAAAAUAAAACAAAACAAAAAAGUUAUAUUUUAUCCAGGUUUAUUCCUUAACACUUACAUUUAAUCUAGCAUUAAUAUUUUAUACAUUGUCCAAUAGACAUGCUGAUUGUCUCUCGCCAUUGUCUCAAAUGAGUGUAUUAUAUAAAGUUAGUUUUGUUUCUGUAACUCUUUCUAACACAAUUUUUGCAAAACUUCAAGACUAUUGUAAACUAUGAAUGCAAAAACAGUCAGUUCUGUAUAUGUAUUGAAAGUUGUAAAAUGAUUAAAUCAUAUUUUGAGUAGAGCAAUUAUGUUAGGUGGUCCAACUUAAAGCCUCACAUUCUUACAACCUACAUUAGGGCCCAUAAAUAAUAAAUUAACAAAAUAAUCUGAAAGAAAAGCACUUAUUUUAUUUACUACCCAGAUAAGCAACAGGCGGGCAAGAGCAAUUUUAGGACAAUCCAAGUUGGCAGAGGCAUUAAAUACAAAUGGCGGUAAAGUCAUAAACUUAAGUAUAUUGAUAAUUAUCAAACGAAUACUGUAAACCAAUCUUACAUACUAUUUAAAAUAUAAUAAUCAUCUAUUCGUUGUUUGGAUGACUGCAUCUGAUUUUUUUUUCGUCAAUGUUUAAUUUUUUUAGUAAUGUCAAAUCUAAAAGCUCUUUUGGCGAUUGUUUUUACGUUCAGCACCUCUGCCGAAAUGUGAUAUUAUAUG